AUGCAAGCACUGAGGCAGGAGAUACUACCUCCGAGCGGCGUAGAGUUUUCUGCUUGUCUCAAAUUAACACCUUCGACUCUUUGGGACGACAAGUCGCCUAGUUCAAGUACAGGAGGUGGACGAGCUCUCUUCAAUGUUGUAGUCGCGCGCUCCAAUCUCCUGCGCAUCUUCGAGGUCAGGGAAGAGCCAGCACCGUUUUCGACACAGAAGGAAGAUGAGCGGGACAGGCGCGCUAGCAUGCGAAAGGGAACGGAAGCGGUCGAGGGCGAGGUCGAGAUGGACGCAUCGGGCGAAGGUUUCGUGAACAUGGGCUCGGUCAAGUCAACUGGGCAGAACGGUAUUCUGCACCAACCAACAGUCAAUCGGUUCUACCUCAUCCGCGAACACCGCUUACACGGGAUCGUCACCGGCAUUGAGGGUGUCAGGAUCAUAACCUCGAUUGAAGACAGCUUCGAUCGCUUGCUGGUGUCUUUCAAAGAUGCCAAGAUUGCGCUAUUGGAAUGGUCGGAGGCCAUGCACGACCUAAUCACGGUCUCCAUACAUACAUAUGAGCGUGCUCCUCAGUUGAUGGCGAUUGAUGCUCCCCUUUUCCGUUCACAAUUACGUGCGGAUCCACUCUCUCGUUGUGCGGCGCUUUCAUUGCCCAAAGAUUCCAUUGCUAUCUUGCCAUUCUAUCAAUCCCAAGCAGAACUUGAUAUUAUGGAGCAUGAGACAAGUCAAGCCAGGGAUGUGCCGUACUCUCCGAGCUUCAUUCUCGACUUGUCCGCCGACGUUGAUACACGUAUCAGAAAUGUGAUUGACUUCGUAUUCCUGCCUGGGUUCAACAGCCCCACCAUCGCCGUUCUUUUCCAAUACCAACAGACCUGGACAGGUCGUCUCAAGGAGUACAAGGACACCGUUGGGCUGAUUCUCUUUACUCUCGACUUGGUAACCCGUCAUUACCCGGUAAUCACUGCAAUUGAUGGCUUGCCUCACGAUUGUUUCGCAAUGGCGCCAUGCUCAACAGCGCUGGGCGGUGUGGUAGUCCUCGCCAGUAACAGUAUCAUCUACGUAGACCAGGCGACGCGCAGAGUGAUCCUUCCCGUGAGCGGCUGGCUGCCGCGCAUCAGUGACUUGCCUAUACCCUCGCUUUCUCACCAGGAUCAACAGCGCGACUUACAGCUUGAGGGUUCGCAGUUUGUAUUCGUGGACGACAGGACGCUAUACGUUGUUUUGAAGGACGGAACAGUGUAUCCCGUGGAAAUAAUCGUAGAUGGUAAGACUGUGUCCCGACUGUCGAUGGCGCCUCCUGUGGCACGAACGACCAUGCCGUCACUGGUCAGAAAAAUGCAGGACGACUAUCUCUUUGUCGGGAGCAUCAUAGGUCCGUCUGUGCUACUGAAGACCACGCGAGUGGAAGAGGAUAUCGAAGGUGAUGACGUGGAAAUGGCUUCGGUGCCUGCAACUGUCGUUGCUCCCAACAAUGCCAUGGAUUUAGAUGACGAUGAUGAUCUAUACGGGGGUUCGGCGGUCAUUGAGCAACCCCACAUGAACGGCAUCACACAAAACGGCUCUACUGCCAUAUCUAAGAAGAGGACGGUUGUUCAAUUGUCGUUCUGCGACUCUCUACCUGCGUACGGCCCGAUUGCCGAUAUGACCUUCACGUUGGCUAAGAACGGUGAUCGGGCGGUCCCGGAACUGGUUGCCGCUACUGGCUCCGGAAUGCUGGGUGGAUUUACGUUGUUGCAGAGGGAUCUUCCGACACGGACUAAGCGCAAGAUGCAUGCCAUUGGCGGUGGACGUGGGAUCUGGUCGCUCCUCGUACGCCAAGCCGUAAAGGUCAACGGCUCGACCUACGAACGGCCUGCCAACCCUUACCAUGCAGAAAAUGACUCGAUAGUUAUUAGCACAGAUGCAAACCCUUCCCCCGGCCUCUCUCGUAUUGCGUCACGCAAUGCGCAGGGAGACAUCCAAAUUACAACCCGAAUUCCGGGAACUACUAUUGGAGCUGCGCCGUUCUUCCAAGGCACCGCUAUCCUGCACGUCAUGAUUAACGUUACAAAUGUGAUCAGAGUCUUGGAACCCGACGGGACCGAGCGGCAGGUCAUCAAAGAUUGGGAUGGGAAUAUCCCUCGACCAAAGAUCAGGUUUUGCAGUAUCUGUGAUCCCUUCGUGCUGAUUAUACGAGACGACGACUCAAUCGGCCUGUUCAUCGGUGAAUCAGAACGUGGAAAGAUUAGACGAAAAGACAUGUCUCCGAUGGGUGAAAAGACGUCCCGCUACCUCGCCGGAUGUUUCUUCACGGAUACCAGUGGAAUAUUCCAGGUUCAUCAGAACGCUCAAGCCGCCGGGAUCGAAGGGGCUACCUCCACGCUGCAGUCGGUUAUGAAUGCUGGCAACAGGACACAGUGGCUCAUUUUGUGUCGUCCGCAAGGUGUCAUCGAGAUCUGGACGCUACCCAAACUAGGCCUGGCGUUCUCGACGACCCAUGCUGCUGGAUUAGAGUCGGUAUUGACCGACUUGUAUGAUCCUCCCGCAUUGUCAGUCCCCCAGGAUCCACCGCGCAAGCCCCAAGAACUUGACAUAGAACAGCUAUUGGUAGCACCGCUUGGGGAGUCGUCACCACGCCCUCACCUCAUGCUGUUUUUGCGUUCUGGGCAGUUGGCAGUUUAUGAGGUGCACUCAACCCCUGUGCCAGCUGAACCGCUUCCUGCCGCGCGCUCAUCCACACUGCUCGUCAAGUUUGUGAAAGUGCUUUCCCGUGCGUUCAACAUCCAACACUCCGAUGAAGUGGAGAAAUCCGUGCUGGCGGAGCAAAAACGGAUUUCUCAUCUCCUGAUACCGUUUGCUACCUCUCCUUCCCCCGGUCAGACGUUCUCCGGAGUAUUCCUGACAGGCGAUCGUCCCUCCUGGCUCUUGUGCACGGAUAAGGGAGGCGUGAAGGUUUUGCCCUCUGGACACUCUGUCGUUCAUGCGUUUACGGCGUCGUCCGUGUGGGAAUCCAAAAACGACUUUCUCCUGUACUCCGAGGAGGGCCCCAGCUUGAUGGAGUGGCUACCUGAUGUCCAGCUAGACGGCCAUCUGCCAUCAAGGUCUGUGCCUCGCCCCAGGUCGUAUUCAAACGUGGUGUAUGAUCCCUCCACCUCCUUGAUUGUGGCUGCCUCGUCGCAGCAAUCGAAAUUCGCUUCGUACGAUGAGGAUGGCAACAUAGUAUGGGAGCCUGAUACCAACAUAUCGUUUCCCAGCUGUGAGUGUUCAGCGUUGGAGCUGAUCUCCCCGGAAGGGUGGGUCACAAUGGACGGGUAUGAGUUCGCUCAGAACGAGUUUGUAAACUGUCUUGACUGUAUCACGCUGGAGACAAUGAGCACUGAGACGGGCACGAAAGACUUUAUUGCGGUGGGAACAACUAUCAAUCGCGGCGAAGAUUUAGCGGUCAAAGGGGCGGUGUACAUCUUCGAGAUCGUCGAAGUCGUGCCGGAUACAAACUCGGGUCUGAAAAGAUUGUACCGCUUGAAACUUCAAUGUCGAGAUGACGCCAAAGGUCCCGUUACAGCUCUAUGCGGUAUGGACAACUACCUGGUUUCGUCCAUGGGCCAAAAGAUCUUCGUGAGAGCGUUUGAUCUGGACGAACGUUUGGUCGGGGUUGCCUUCCUCGAUGUUGGUGUGUUCGUGACCUCUCUGCGCUCCGUGAAGAAUCUCCUCGUCAUCGGAGAUGCCGUUAAGAGCGUCUGGUUCGUUGCUUUUCAGGAAGAUCCAUAUAAGCUCGUCAUCCUUGGGAAAGAUCCGUAUCAUACCUGCGUGACCUGCGCUGAUCUCUUCUUCGCUGAAAACCGUGUCUCGUUGCUAGUCUGCGAUGAGGAUGGCGUUAUUCGACUUUUGGAGUAUGACCCUCAUGAUCCCGAGUCCAGAGGUGGUCAGCAUCUUUUGCGCCGCACGGAGUUUCAUGGACAGACGGAAUACCGUACUUCCGUGCUGAUAGCCCGGAGGAAAGACAAGGAUAUUGACAUUCCUCAAGCUAAGCUGGUUUGCGGGUCUACCGAUGGUUCGCUCGUGUCAUUCACAUUCGUUGAGGAAGCCGCUUUCAAGGGGCUUCAUCUUCUGCAAGGGCAGUUGACUCGAAAUGUUCAGCAUGUGGCCGGCUUGAAUCCCAGAGCAUUCCGCAUUGUCCGGAAUGACUAUGUCUCGCGACCUCUAUCCAAGGGUAUAUUAGAUGGGAACCUGCUAACCACAUUUGAGGAACUGCCCAUUGCGCGGCAGAACGAGAUGACACGGCAGAUUGGGACAGAGAGAGCGACCGUGUUGAAGGAUUGGUUGAGCCUGUGCGGCGCUUGGUGA